AUGGGCAUUGAUCUCGAUAAGCACCAUGUUCGAGACGGGCACCGCAAGAUCCCCAAGUCUACCAACCCCUACGUCAAGCUGUUGGUACGCCUGUACAAGUUCCUAGCUCGCCGUACCGAUGCUCCCUUCAACAAGGUGGUUCUGCGACGCCUCAUGAUGUCCAAGAUCAACCGCCCUCCCGUCAGCUUGUCCCGCAUCAUCGCGACCGCUGCCAACAAGCAGUCCGCCAAGUCGCACGAGGGAAAGACCAUUGUCAUUGUCGGCACCGUCACCGAUGACAACCGUCUCCUCGAGCUUCCCAAGCUCUCCAUCGCGGCUCUCCGCUUCACCGCCUCUGCCCGCGCCCGUAUCUUGAAGGCUGGUGGUGAGACUCUCACCAUUGACGAGGUCGCUACCCGCUUCCCCACUGGAUCCAACACAGUCCUCAUCCGUGGCCCCAAGAACGCCCGUGAGGCCGUCAAGCAUUUCGGUUUCGGACCCCACUCCCACAAGAAGCCUUACGUCGAGAGCAAGGGCCGCAAGUUCGAGCGUGCUCGUGGCCGCAGAAGGUCGCGCGGUUUCAAGGUCUAAGCGUGUGCUGGAAGUGGCGCUGUUUCUUUGGGUUGUCGGCGUGGUCAUGGUCAUGGGAAUUCACUACUUACGAGGCGUGCAUCAUGACUGGCAAGGGCUCUUCGAAGGCCUGCAAAAAGAUACUCUAUGUGCAAAUAUGCAAUGGAAACG